AUGCAUCUGCCAUUGGAAGUGCGUGAGAAACUCGCACUUCUCCCCGAGUCUCCCUCGCGCGAAGAGUUAUAUGUCCUGUGGACCCACCUCUUACAGAGGUAUUUUCCCUUCCCUCUCCAUGCUUCUCUCCCAAACCUGCCCGAUCUUCCUGACGAGACCGAGGUGAAGUACGCUCUAGGCAGCCAUCAAGAAUCCGAGACCUCACACAUCUCGCUCACCGUCGGCCGCGAGUAUGGCCCCUUUGACCGCCUGAACUUCCUCCAUGUCUUCUGCCAGGCUGAGCCGAAGGAGGAAUGGCACCUGGCAGAGCUGCAGGCUAAGUUGAAGGAGGAGAUGAUGAAGUCGUCUCACUGUCAGAUUGCACGGGGGCGCGGGAUGACCAUACACGGCGCGAUUGUCAUCGGUCGUGAGGUCAGGUUUUACAAGCUGAAGCGUGACGGAUCGUUUGAAUGCAUGGCGUGGUUGGUCCAGGGAAAGCAGAGUCUGCAUAUCCUCCAGGAUAUGCGGAUUAUUACCACCCACCUCAUGCAGAUAAGCUAUGAGGUGAGGAUGCGUGAUUGA